CGAAAAAUGGACCGUAUUGUGCAAAAUAUCGUCGAAAAAGCCUCAAAAAACAUCAACGAAAUUUGUGUCGGCCCUCUUGUCAGCGAUGAGGGGAUGCUUCGUUACGUUACGUUAGAAAAAUCAUUUGGCUAUGAUUGCAAGAAGCUGUACAAUUUGUGUGCUAUUGAAGACACGGUGAUUUACGUUUCUGGCAAUAUUAUCCACUUUCUCAACACUAAAACCGGUGAAAUGAAGCUGCAGCGGAGCGUCAGAUGUACUGGUGUUGGCCACAUCUCCGCCAAUUACCACUCAAGCCAGUUGGCGAUUGGCGAGCGUGGACACAAACCAAGCAUUUACGUUCUCAGCUGGCCCACUCUUGAUGUCGUAAGCACACUCACCAACGGAACUGAAAAGGCAUUCGUCUACCUGGAUUACAAUCACGAUGGAACAAUUCUCUGCUCUUUGGGAGGCGCUCCGGACUUCACACUGGCGCUUUGGGACUGGAAGAAAAGUGCCAUGCUGGUCAAGUGUGAGGCGGCUAAUAGGUGCGUCUUCAAGGCGGCCUUUUCCAAAGUUCAGCCCGACGUCAUAAUUUCUGGUGGUGAAGGUCACAUUAAAUUCUGGCAAACGGCCAAAACCUUCACUGGCGUCAAGUUGACUGGCGAUAUUGGGAAAUUCGGCUCAUCCGAGAUGUCAAACAUUGUCGGCUUUGAAUUUCUGGCGGAUGGAAAGGUGGCAAGUGGUUGUGACUGGGGCAACAUUCUCAUCUGGGCAAACAAUAAACUAAGCUUUGAGUUGACCACGCGGAGGGCGGUCACGUGUCACCAGGCGCCUGUGUACACCUUUCAUCGGCACGAUGCUUGGCUCAUUUCAAUAGGUACUGACGGAUGGGUGCGCGCAUGGGACAUGGAAAAACUGAAUGCCCGUCACGACGGACUGUACUGCAGAAAUGAGUCCGUUGUUUACUUCACCAUCGGUGAGAACAGCUGUCUCGUUUCCAAAAUUGAACUGCCUACCCAGCCAGAUGGACUUACCUGGUUGCUUCAGGACGCUCUUGGAGCAAUUUGGCUUGCUGACGUUGGUCCAACGCUGAAAGGAGAGGAGCAAGCACCGUCAAUUUGCAAACAAUUACUUAAGUGCCACGCAGGAAGAAUAAUCUCAAUGGUAGUUUGCUCUUUUGGACCCUUCUUCGCCACAGUUGGCCCAAAUGGAAGGAUUCUGGUGCACAAUUACGUGACGGGAAAAUUUCUGGACAAGUAUUUUGAAAUGGAGGUGGCCAUUCUGUACUGGCUACCGAAAAAUGUUGAUGGUCAAAUGCUGAUUGUCGGUUUCGAAAAUGGUUCGCUCAGCUUGUGCGCGAUUCAGUGGGAAAAUGAGAGGAUUUGGGAAGUGCAAGGCAUCAGACCACACGAUAAGCGAGUUUUGAACAUCAGUUUCGAUCAAAAUGUCUCUUUUGUCGUGACAGCCAGUGACGAUGGAAGAGUGUUUUUAGUCCAUUUUAAAAAGGGAAUAUUAAUUCCAAUCGGCUACAUAGAAGUUUCACAUAGAAUCUUGGCAACUUUUCUCACUGAAAGCGAGAAGCUUUUAGUUCUGUGUGAAAACGGGAUACUAAAUUGCUUUUCUGUCGAUAAUGGACUCGAAAUUGAAAAUCCCAAAAUAUCUUUCAAGCUAAAAGUUUUACCAUGCACACAAAUUAAUUUGAGCGAUUGCAAUCGGUACGGGGACAACGCUUUACAGAAUGGAUUUCACAUUGUGUGUUGCAACCAGUGGACUGCGUUUGAACUCACUCUGUUCAUUCAAACGGAUGAUAUAAUGACGAUAGCCUUGCUCGACUUGAAUAAUUACGAAUUUAAGCAAAUACCGAUCAUGUCAACAAGCAGCGCUUUGCAACUCACAUGCGCCUGCAUAAGUGAAGACAAAUCGACCUGCUUGAUGGGCUUUGAGAGCGGUGAAGUGCAACUAAACGUUUCUUCUGCACUUGACGUGCAACAGGAGCAACAAUCGUGGCACCGAUUUUGGCGGAUUCGCAUGCACGAAAGCGAGCGCGGGUGCCGAGUGUCGGCAGUGAGUUUUAGCCACGACGCCGCCUUUUGCUUCACAGCUGGCGAUGAUGGAAGCAUUUUCAUGUUCGCGAUAGGUGAACGGAAGAAAUCCGCAAACGGCGAAUCAAUCAUCAGUCGACCCACCGUGGCGCUCGAGAAUGAAUCGCGUCACGUGGCAGCAAAGAACUGUACUAGAUCCGUUGAGCAGACUCGCGUGCAGAAGGCGGAAAAACGAAUUUCAAACGCCGUCCUUUCCACCAGGGAGCAUAUUCUCAAGCAGAUGGCUUUGCUGCGAGAGGCAUAUACAAAAUCACAGCUAAAAAAGGAUAUUCUAGUUUUGCACCCAUUGCUUCAAGGAUUUCUAGAGGAAAAAGUUCGACUAAUCAGAACUCAAAAUUUAGCUUUGAUCGAGCCGGAAAUAGAAAGGAAAAGGAACGAAUGGACCAGAAUUCAUUCAUGCUUCUUGCAACCACUGCAGGAAACGUGCUUAAAAAUUGCGGGAGUAGGGGAGGAUUGUUCUGUGGAAAGCUUCUUGAUUGCAAAGUCACGUGCCACAUCACACGCUCAACCUCAAGCGGCGGCUCACGUGGAAAUAAACGCACAUUCACCGGAAUUUACACUUAAGACUCGGAUGGACGCUGUGUCAUUAUCGAAGUGCGAUGCGGAGGAAACGAUAGUUGACCUGGACGCGUUACCGUUUCGGUACCAAAGAAAGAGCGUUUCUACCGCAAAUCAAGUAGCCGAAAAGCUGAGGCAGCGUCAAAUGCAGCGAAGCUAUGACCUGCGCAAGGUGGACGCCCUCGAGAAGUGCAGACCGAGGAGGUCACCAUCCAACUCGAUAGUCAAAGACACUGACAUGGGAGUUUACAAGUUAAAGACGGAUGCAGAGUACUCUGUACCAAACAAUGAAAGAGACGGCAGUAGCGAAAUUUUGGAAUGCAUGAAAAUCACCAAACAAAAGAUGUUUUACAUAAAAUCUAAUUUCAAUCACAAGGUCAUUCUGCUGAAAAAAGAACGGAGGCAAAUUCUGCAGCAAAUCUUGAAAUCUGACGCAGAGUUUUUGAUCAAUGACUUGAAGCAGCCUGAUGAUUAUUUGUUUAAGCUUUGCACGUUGACAGAUUUAGAUGAAGUUCUUCAUCCAGAUCAACCACUUGGUCAAAGCACUGAUGAAGUUUUAUCCUCUGUAUCGCGGUUUGACGCUAAAGUUAGAGCCUUGAUAGAGGAGCGUCUGAUAUGCGACGUCAACAUUUGUCUUCUGAAACAGUGGAACUUCAUGCUGGAUCAGAAAUUAGAAAUUGUUUCUCAUAUGGAAGCUCAGCAGAUUGAACUGAAAGAGUCACUCCAAGAAAUGGAGGACGCAAAGAAAACGAUCUUGGAAAAUAAGAAAAUGCUGCAAGAAAAACUGGCAGUGGUGGAAGAGGAAGUGGACGCCUUGCAAUAUCAGAUCGAGAAGUUGGAAGCAGAGGUAGUUUCCGCGAUUGAAGGAACAGCAUUCUUUGAGCACCUGAUACUUUUGUUCAGAAAAGAAUACAAACCGCCAUCGCUAAGCAUUUCCAGUUCAGUCACUGAAGGAUCAGAUGAAAAUCGUAGCGGCACCAGCAGUGCCGGCUCAACUUGCAAGGGUGUCAGCGAGAAAGUCUGUCCAACGGGCUGCAGUCAAGACUUGUUUGACUACGUAAAUCACUGCAGACUGUUAAGAUACGAUAUUAAUUUGAAAUUAAUGGAGAAAAAUAGAAUAUUUGGUUUAAUGAUGAAGGACGACGACGUGCUGAGAAAAAAACUCAAGUUAUCUGAGAAGAACAUCAAGUGCAUCAUUCACAGCACUGAUGUAUUUUAUCGAGAAAGACAAGCAAAAAUCAACGAGUUGCAGAUCGCAGUGCCAUUGAAACUGCACCAAAUUCCAGCAGGAGCUGAGUUUUCAAAGUGCGUUUUGAUAUCACUCGAAAUGAUGAACAAGCUCUCCGCCAAAAGCGGAGAGCUCCGCGCAGAAGCAGCCAAACUUGAUGAUCAGUAUCGGAAUGAUUUAGAGAAUUUAAAAGAGGUGAAAGCUAAAACCUCUGCUAUUGAAGAGGAAAUAAAAGUGACAAAUUCGAAAAUUGAGGAAACAAUGAUUCAAAGAUUAGGAAGAGUUUUAGAUAUCACAGAAUUGGAACAAGCUGUUUUAAGCUGUGAAAUUGAAAAUCUCACAAAGCCUAGACACUUGGAAACGAGCAAAGCUGAAUUACAAGAGUUUAAACGUUUAGAGGAUGAAAAAAUCGUUUUAAACAAAGAAAUUUUGCUGGAAGUUGAAAAGAAGAAGAAAAACUCUCAAACACUUCUGAAACUUCUCAAACAAGUUAAUUCAAAGAUUAAUCCGGACAACUCAAAACACAAAAACUGCAGCCGUGAGGAGGUGAAUGGAAGGAGAGAUGACGUUCGCCGGCUGAAUGAGCUCGUUUUGGCGCAGAGGGAGCAAAUUGCCGCGGCGCGCUACGAGCUAGACCUGCUGCGGUGCAAAGUGGCUUCCAGUCGUUUCCUUUUCGCUUCUACCGACUUGGACGAUUCGACCAACAAUGAAGACACCGACGCCUACCAACAAAUCAUGCCUUCUCGGAAAGCACCACAGAUUCUGAUCGAGUACUGCGAAAACGACUCGCAGCGCAGUGAAUCAGAUGAACAUUAAAAUUGUGCAUCUAAUUUGGCUCAAUUGCGGUUGCAGACUGUAUCACUUACGAUUAAAGUCUUGGAAUAAUUAGAUACACAAUUGUUAGAUGAUGCCUAAAUGGCAUAGCUGAAUUCAUCGAAUUAUAUAUAAACACGUUGAGUUUCCUGAAAAUGGUAUGCCAGUGGGUGCUGUUUGACUAUGAAUUAAAUAUGAUCUUUUAUAAUAUUGGCACUUUCAUAACACAUUAAUUUA